AUGAAAACGAAUCUUUGGUCUCUAUUUGUCACAACUCUUCUUGUGGCAAGUGCACAGGCCUUUUACUUGCCCGGAGUUGCCCCUACAAACUAUGCUGAGGGAGAUCGAAUCGACUUGUUAGUCAAUCACUUGACUCCUGCUUUGAAGCAUCCCUCAUCCGAAAGUGAUGGGAAGAAAUGGAAAACUCAGAUCUAUUCCUACGACUACUAUUAUCCUAAGUUUCAGUUCUGCAAACCUCCUAACGGCCCUAAGAAACAGCUGGAGUCGCUCGGUGCCAUCAUUUUCGGUGACAGAAUCUUUAACUCUCCGUUCGAUAUCCAGAUGUUGAAGCCCAAAAAAUGUGCUACCUUAUGUGAAUCGAAGUACUCAAAGACGGACGCUGCGUUCGUCAAUAGAAAUAUUCGUGCCGGCUACAAUUACAAUUGGAUCAUUGACGGUUUGCCGGCUGCCAAGAGGGUGAAGGAUCUCAGGACGAACUCCGAAUUUUACUCGUCUGGGUUUCCAAUUGGAAAAGUGGACGACAACAAUAAAGCAUACCUUUAUAACCACUUUGAAAUUAUCAUUGAGUACCACAAAAGAUCGGAGGGUCAGUUCAGGGUGGUGGGUGUCACUGUGGUUCCACAAUCUUUGGAUAGAAACACUCUUGAUGUUUCGAAGGCAUCCCCAGAAGAAUUGUGUAAUCCUGAUUUGAAUCCAGUGGUGUUGUCUAAAGACAGUGAGAAAAAGGUAUUGUUUACUUACACAGUGUCCUUUGAGGAGUCCACCACUGCCUGGGCGACAAGAUGGGACAAGUACUUGCAUGUCUAUGACCCAAAAAUUCAAUGGGUAUCUUUGAUUAAUUUCUCUUUGGUAGUCAUUAUUUUGGGUGUCAUCAUGGCUCAUAUUUUGGUAACUACCUUGAAGAACGAUAUAGUCAAGUACAAUGAGGUGAACUUGGAUGAUGAUGUUGCUUACGAUAGUGGUUGGAAAUUGGUCUAUGGUGAUGUGUUCAGGUCUCCAGCUAACAGAAUGCUCUUGUCUGUCUUGAUUGGAAGUGGCUCUCAAUUGCUCUGCAUGACAAUGGUGACAAUUGUGUUCGCCCUCUUUGGGUUGUUGUCCCCUUCUAACCGUGGAUCCUUGUCAACAUUCAUGUUCAUCCUUUUUAUCUUUUUUAGCAUUAUUUCCUCAUAUGUCAGUGGAUAUCUUUACAGGUUCUUCGGAGGUGAAAACUGGAAAGUCAAUAUGCUCUUGACUCCAACACUUGUUCCAGGGCUUUUAUUCCUCAUUAUCAUAUUCUUGAACUUCUUCUUGAUCAGUGCUGGCUCCUCCGGUGCAAUUCCUGCUGGAACAAUGCUUGCAAUGGUGCUUAUUUGGUUUGCCAUCUCGUUCCCAUUGUCCAUCGUGGGCUCGAUUCUUCAAUCCAAGAGACCUAUUCUACUGGUCCCAGUAAGAACAAACCAAAUUCCAAGACAAAUUCCUCAACAGCCAUGGUAUCUCAAGACCAUACCGGGGAUAAUUAUGUCGGGCCUUUUCCCAUUUGGAUCUAUUGCUGUUGAAUUCUACUUCAUUUUUUCGAGUAUUUGGUUCAACCGUAUAUUCUACAUGUUUGGAUUUUUGUUCUUCUGUUUCAUAUUGAUGAUAUUAACCACUGGUCUUAUCACGCUUUUGUUCGUCUAUUAUACUUUGUGCAGUGAGAACUACAAGUGGCAAUGGAAGGCUCUUUUUGUUGGUGGAGGAUGCUCAGUUUACGUCUUCCUUCAUUCGUUGUUCCUCGUUAAGGGAACUUUGAAGGAUUUUACAUCGAUGGUUUUGUACCUUGGUUACACGGCCGUCAUCUCGAUUCUAGUCUUCUUGGUUUGUGGCUCAGUUGGAUUCAUUUGUGCCCUAUUCUUUGUGAGAAGAAUCUACUCGCAAAUCAAGAUCGAUUAA